AUGGUCGCCAAGGAGUCCGUUCGCCUGAUCCCUCGUCCCAGCACUCAGCGCGGACAUGCCGACCACGGCUGGCUCAAGACGUUCCACACGUUCUCGUUUGCAGACUACCAAGACUGGGACCAUAUGCAGUUCGGUUCGCUGCGGGUUAUCAACGAGGACCGUGUCUCGCCGCGCACGGGCUUCGGCACGCACGGACACCGCGAGUUUGAGAUCUUCUCGUACAUCGUCAAGGGCGAGCUUCGACACAAUGACUCCAUGGGCAACAUGGAGAUCCUCAAGCGCGGCGACAUCCAAAUGACUUCGACCGGAACUGGCAUUCGCCACAGCGAAUAUCAGCACGGCCCGAAGCCCGUGCACUUCCUUCAGAUCUGGAGCAUGCCGUCGCAACAGCGCCUACCGCCAACAUAUUACACAAGGCACUUUACGGAAGAAGAGAAGACAGACAAGUGGGCACAUGUCGUUGCGCCGCAUGAUGACAAGGAACACGGUGUCUCGACUGAGCGCGAAGCGUCUGGCCCUGCACCAGUCCACAGUCCGCUCUCGCUCUUUGCGACGAUUCUCUCGCAGGGCAAGACUGUCACCCAAAAGAUUGAGCGCUCGAAGGCAUAUGUACACCUUAUUCAGACGAGCGGCUACAACGCCGGAGAGCCCGAAGGCGCUACCGUCAAGAUCAACGUUGCCGGCAAAGAGCAGACGCUCCGAGAAGGCGACGGCGUCUACGUGCAUCUCCCUGCGGGUACCGACGUGUCCGUCGAGAACGUCGGCGACCGGACCGCCGAGGUCCUUCUCUUCGACCUCGAGUAA